CACUCUUAACUACCCAGGAUUGAUAAUGCGAUUAGAUAAAUGCCAAAAAAAGUCUCAAGUAACGGAAAUCCGAAUACAUUCUGCCGCGAGAAGCACAGCGAAGGACGGGAACGUUGCGCAACCGACCGACAGGCAACCGAGGAGAUGCUUAAUGUUUUGAAAAUGACUUGAGUAUCGAAGGGAAAUUCACGCCAUGUCACGCCGGGAAGACUCCAAGAGAGAGAGACUCCGGGCAGAGGAAGAAGCCCUGAAUAAGCAGCUACAAGAUGCGGGCUUGUACGAGGAGGGUAUGGGCCUGGAAGAGAAGAGGAGCAUGCUGCAGUUGUUGGAGGAAUCUCGAGCCUCAGCCCAGCAGGAGGCAAAGGAACGUGAGCAUUGGAGGAAGAAAGAAGAACAAAUCUUAAAUGAAACCCUAAACAAGUCUUUUAAUGAUAAUCCUGAGGAGGAUCAGCAAAGUGCUAUUGGGUCCAGCAUACAAGACAAUGAAGAUAACUCACGGGACUCAGACGUGGUGGCCAUUCCGUCAGGCAGUGACAAGCAUGACGUUAGAAAUUCAGGUAAUACUUCAGAUUGUGGUUCAGUCACUCCCGAUCUGUCACCUCUCCGGCCAGGUUCACCAGAGCUCCUUGUACCCUCACUUUCUCCCAGACAAGAACAACACGCUGCUGAUAGGCCUUCAACCAGCAAGAGCAAGUCUAACAAUAUUACAGUGAAGGAAAAAACAAAGGGGAGCUCACAAAAUUCCGAUGAGGACUUAUUUUGUGAUUCUCAGAGCUCUGACCAGUUUGCAAAUAGGAGGAAACAUCAGGAAUGCAUUGUCACUGAAUCUCAUCUAAAAGUGGACUCUAAAGCUUCACUGAGCAGCCCAGGGAGGAGACCAGUGCAGCAGAAGCUAACUGUUGUCAGGACUGUGGAAAGGAGAACAUUCAUUGUAGAGGAAAGUAACUCAGAGCCUUUAGAAGCUCAGAGGUCUUCUCUAAGAAGGUACAGUGUGGAAGAAGUGCCAUCAGAAAGUGAUAAAUCUGAGUCAAGAGUCAGUAGUUACUCUCAGCCAUUGUUCUCCAGUAGUGAAGAUAGUGCAAGAAAGCAGAGACACAUCUCUGAGGAUGAGGAUGGCAUACAGCUGCUUUCACCUGUCAUUGGACAGAGGACAGUGGCAAGCGGAAGUGCACCAUCAUCAAGUGCCAAACAGAAUAGUCAGACUUUACAAGAUGCAGAGAUAUCAAAUUCUAUUGAAGCUGAGCCCAUUCGUCAAAUAGAUGCUGUGAUGUUAGGGGACAGUGAUGAUGACUUUGUGCUGCCAUCACCAAGUGUCUCUCAAAGCACCAACGCGAAUCAGAUUGAAAAGUUGUGUUCAACUCCUGAUGGUUGCGAGUCUCAGAAAACUCAAGAAGCUGGAAAGAGCAAACCUCCACCUCAGGAAAGACAAGCAAGUGAUGUCAGUGAUAAAACAGACCAUGGGAAGAACGCUGAGGUUGAUUGUUCCAUAGACAGCCAGUCACCAAGGCAUAACCACAAGAAGGCAGCAGAUGGUGCUGGUAAUCACAAUAUGGAAAUAUCUGAUAGUGAUGAUGAAGAUCACAGUUUCAAUUACCAAAAUGACAGGAAGAGAAAUGUGAAUGUUUUUUGUCCUCAAGAUAAUUCUGAUAUUCCACUAAAGAGGAGGCGGAAAAUGACAGUGGAAGAUCGUAAAGUAAUUUAUUUCAAAUCUAGUGAAGAAACCUUAGAUGACUGCUUCAAACGGAUUCUUGGCAUGAUUAGUCAAGAUAUGGAGAGACUGGAACAAAAUCAGUCAAGUCUUAGUUACCGGCUGAAAUGGAUGCCACCUGUGGUUGUCGAUAAAAGAGUAAAGGACUCCCUUGAUCGCCCAGGUGCACACAACAGGAGGAAAGCUGGGGGACCAGCAGCAGGAAGCAGUGAACGGGAAAUGCCACACAGGACAACGCGAUAUAUCACGAGAACAAUGGAAAUUCAAGAAGAGGAACCGCAGUACUCAGACGAUUCGUUGCCAGAUUUGUGCCACCUGGAAGAACAGAACUCGGUUCCACAAAACAAAAGAAUACUCAAGAGAAGAAGCUUACACAUGGGCCUAAGUCAGAAAAGAGCAAAGCUUGCCACUCUUCUUGAGAACAAGGAAAGUGAGAAUUCCGAGAAGUUAGCAUGCGACUCAGAGGUAGAGUUUGAAAAUGAUUCUCUAUUUUCUGUGAAGAAGACACAAAAUUCAGAUGAAAGGUUUUCUCAUCAAAAUAAAUCAAGCAAAGCAUCUCAAGAAGUUUCAUCUUCUAAGUCUGUAGAAAUCAGGAAUAAUGAAUGUGAAAGUGAGGAAGAGAAUAUGUGUAUUGUCAGUCAAGCAUCAGAUGAGGAAUGUACUGUAAUGGAGAAACCAGCACCUUCAGAGGGACAGAGACAAGAGACUGAGCAGCCAAGUGGUUUACAUAAAACACCAAAAGGUUCAAAAGGUAGCUCUGAGGUUGGAAACCUGAAACGACCUUCAAGGAAAACAUUCUUGUUAUGUACUCCUGAAGAUGCUGGGGUCAAUAGAGACUGUGAUAGUGCAUCCUCUACCACUGUGCAAGCACAAGCACAGAGUGAGAUCAGGGAACAGGUACCUUAUUCAGAUGAACCAUCAACUAGUGGGAUACAGCUGAUGUCAGAAGUUAAAACCCCCAUGAGGUCUCGUGAAAGAGGAAAGGCAAAGCUCACACCUCUUAACUCGAGCAACAAGAGAUUGAAACCCCUGAAUUUUGUCAGUUCAUCAAGAAAUGAUGAACUAGGAAGUCAGGUGGACAAAGACAUGCAAGCAGGACCAAGCAGCAAUGUGGAUAUUUGUAUCUUGGAUGACAAUAAUUUGGCAACCACAACAAGUAGUCUGAGUUCAAGCAACCAGGCAGGCAGGUCAGGGACAGUAAGGCGAGAAAAGAGUGACCAACCACAGAUACGGCCUGCACCUCUGAAGUUCAGGAAGACUAACCCAAGAGAGAAAGGUGCUGAAAAUCCAAGUAGGGGAGAAGAGGAAAAGGAGACUGAACAGAUUACAUCAAGUAUUGCAUUACAGAGACAGGUGCCAAAUGGCCAGUUCCUGGAGGAUGGCCGAGAGGAAGAGGAGGAGGAGGAAGAAGAGGAGGACAGCAACAUGGUACCUUGUCCUCUGUGUGGAAAACAUUACCCGAUGAAGCAGAUUGAGAUCCAUGCGUCAGAUUGUUUGGAGACAAAUGAGCUACAGCAGGAGCAGGUUGUUCCCUCAAGUAGUAGACAGAACAAGAGGAAAGUAAUAAAGCCCACUCAGACAGCAGAAGAGGAAGAAGACAUGGAAAUAGAGGAGGUGAUGGAAAUGAGAGCAGAGAGUCUCCCCACAGUCGUAGGAAGAGCAAGAACACCCCCGGGGAAAGUGAGGUGCACAUACUGUAAGGUGGUCAUGAAGGAGGGGGAUGACUACCUCAUUCAUGUGCAAUCCUGUAUAGCUAAACAGCAGAUCAAGGACUCCAUUAUGUCUCCUAGCAGUGCUAAUACACCAGCGGGCAAGAGUGGAUUUAAACGAGUGGGGGGUCUGCCGAGCCAGGGACUGAAGGGUCCAGGUGCAAAAGCAGGAAGCCUGUUCGACCAUUUAGAAGGUGGCUUGUUGUGUGUCCCAGGAGACAUCACAGCCCCAGAAUAUAGCAACAUCCAAACAGCUCUGGUUCAGAUCCUCAACUGUGUGGCUGUCAGGCCCCAUGGACUGUCAGAAGUCUUGGCAAAGAAAUAUCCCUAUAGUGAUUUGUAUAGUCGUCGGAGACCAAUUAAAAACUACAAUCGUUCCGUGGUGGAAGACAGACCUCAGCCAGGGACGAUUGGCAUUUGCCGUCCCAAAACCCCCUUCCACGGGCCCAUCGUUGUCGAUGUUUUUGGACAGUUCUACAUGGGGAAAGAGAGAAACAGAAACCUCAUGAACAAAAGGCUGGCAAAGACUCUGCAGGACACAAACAAUAGUAGCGAAAAAGACCCAGAGCUCCUGGAAGGCCUGCUCGAGGACACGGCAGACAACCGAAUCCAAUGGUUCAGGGAAGCCUUGGAGCGGCUGGCCGAGCGGGUCGUGGAGGAAGGCAUCAGGCACGUGGUUUUCCCGCACUGCAUUGGCUGCGGACUGGCGGGGGGGAACUGGGAGGGAAACUAUCGUCCUGCCAUUAAGAAGUUUGCUGAAAGAGUAAGAGCGCUCGAUGUGAAAGUGACCAUUGUACAAAAGACAGAUGCGCAGAAGUCAGAUAGUGACGUUGCCAUAAUUGGAACGGUGAAGAAAUCUGGAGUUGCAGGUAGCAGUUCCAGAAGAGGAAGAGGGGCUUAUGGGAAGUGUUCUGGAAAAUAA